ACGUGCUGUGUCCGGUCCAUCGAGGCGAGAGCGCAACGGGAACGAGGGCGAAGGAGGGAGGGAGGGAGAACGAGAGGGGAGGGAGGCGGCAGCCAUGGCCGCCGUAGUGGGGCUCACACGCGCCAUAGGCAGUCUUAGUGUGGGGGCGGUCAACCGCUCUUCCAUCACUAUCCCUGCUUCAGGUAGCACGUGUCCAUCAUCUGCGUGUGCUUUCGUGUCAUUUAAUGGCUUAUCAGCAGAGCGCUCCUUUUGGAAAGUCCCUUCGUUCAAUGCGCGAGGCAGCAAAAGGAAAGAAACCCCGUUUGAGCACCUUGUUGUGCAUGCAAGGGAGGCGACUAGGAGAGAGAGUGUAAAGGUUCGGCACAGGCGAAUUCGCAAGAAGUUAUGUGGGACGACAGAGAGGCCAAGAUUAGCGGUGUUCAGGUCUGGCAAACACCUGUACGCUCAAGUGAUUGAUGACGUCAACCACGUCACACUCUGUGCGACAUCCACAUUGAAGCCUCAUCUGCGCGAGGAAUUGAAGUUGUCGUCCGGUGCCACAGUUACUGCAGCAACGCGUGUUGGUGAAGAGAUUGCAAAGCUGUGUUUGGAGAAAGGCGUAACUAAGGUGGCAUACGAUCGAGGGGGUUUUGUAUAUCAUGGGCGAAUUAAGGCCCUUGCAGAGGCAGCAAGAGAAGGAGGGUUAGAAUUUUAGGUUAUCCCCCCCCCUUUCUACCCCUCUUGGCCCUUGCAGAGGCAGCAAGAGGAGGGCUAGAAUUUUAGGUUAUCUGGUCCUAACCCCCUCCUCUCUUGUCAUAACCCAGCCAUGAUAGAAAUGUUGCUACCUUCCGCUUCGGUGACAUCUUCAGCUUGUGGGUUUCUCUUUGAUUUUUAAAUUCAUUCAACAAGGAAUGGCCUAGCAGACCCCAUUUUUGGGGGGCAAUGAACUGUAAAUUACUUUUGAGGAAAUGUGUGCAAGUGUGCUUGUUAACCGACCCGGCAUUCUGAGCACAAGCAUAGUCUUUUUUCCCUUGUAUUCCUGCUCAAUGGGCAGGCCACAUGGGCGCACAUGUUGACAAAAUUCACUGAAUGUGACCCUUAUUGAGGCCUGAUGCAUCGACUUACCGUGAGGGCAUGGGUGUGCAGCCCGUAGUUUGUCUGUUGAUGUGGUUUGUCAUGUUCACUAUACACAACUCCAAGAUUGUGUGUGUGUGUGUGUGUGUGUGUGUGUGUGUGUGUGUGUGUGUGUGAGAGAGAGAGAGAGAGAGAGAGAGAGAGAGAGAGAGAGAGAGAGAGAGAGAGAGAGAGACCGGGAGCACACAGCGUGUCAGUGACCGGGAGCACAGACGUGGUUAAUAGGUGGUGUGGGGAAUGUCCGAUUCCCAUUGAAUGU